AUGGCGCCUAUUAAGCACCUCGCCGCGCUGCUUCUUUCCAGCGCCGGACUGCUGGCUGCUGCCCAGAAUCAGUCCAGCUCUGACUGGCCUCUGCACGACAACGGUCUCAGCACCGUCGUGCAAUAUGACCACUACAGUUUCCAGGUUCACGGACAGCGCAUCUUCGUCUUCUCGGGCGAGUUCCACUACUGGCGCAUUCCCGUCCCUGAGCUAUGGCGGGACAUCCUCGAGAAGAUCAAAGCCUCCGGGUUCACUGCGUUUGCCUUCUACUCUAGCUGGGCGUACCAUGCGCCCAACAACCACACGGUGGACUUCCACACCGGCGCGCAUGACAUCACGCCGAUCUAUGAGCUCGCCAAGGAACUGGGUAUGUACAUUAUCGUGCGACCCGGGCCGUACGUCAAUGCGGAAGCCACUGCCGGUGGUUUCCCCCUGUGGGCGACGACCGGUGAGUAUGGAUCGCUGCGCAACGAUGACCCCAGAUAUACCGCGGCGUGGAAGCCGUAUUUUGAGGAGAUGUCGGAGAUCACCAGCAAGUACCAGGUCACCGACGGCCAGAAUACUUUGGUCUACCAGAUCGAGAACGAGUACGGUCAGCAGUGGAUUGGGGAUCCUAGCGAUAGGAACCCUAAUAAGACUGCGGUCGCCUAUAUGAAACUGCUCCAGGACAGUGCGCGGGAGAACGGCAUCGUGGUGCCGCUGACGGCGAACGACCCGAACCUGAACACUCGCUCUUGGGGAAAGGACUGGUCCAAUUCUGAAGGAAACGUUGAUGUCCCUGGAGUGGACUCGUACCCCUCGUGCUGGACUUGUGAUGUCUCUCAAUGCACCGCCACCAACGGAGAGUACGUGCCUUACAAGGUCAUCCCGUAUUACGACUACUUCCAGGAGGUGCAGCCAUCGAUGCCAGCUUUCAUGCCUGAAUUCCAGGGUGGCUCUUACAACCCCUGGGGCGGCCCCGAAGGCGGAUGUCCGGAGGACACCGGAGCCGACUUUGCCAAUCUGUUCUAUCGGUGGAACAUCGCCCAGCGAGUGACCGCCAUGAGUCUGUACAUGCUGUACGGCGGAACAAACUGGGGUGGACUGGCCACCCCCGACACAGCCACCAGCUACGACUACUCCUCCCCGAUUUCCGAAGACCGUUCGAUCGGUGAUAAGUACCACGAGACCAAGCUGCUCUCUCUGUUUACUCGCAGCGCUAAGGAUCUGACUAUGACCGACCUCAUCGGCAACGGCACCAAGUACACCGACAAUGCCGCCGUCAACGCCUUCGAACUCCGAAACCCCGAGACCAACGGUGCUUUCUAUCUUACCUUCCACAAGGACACCACCGUGGGCUCGGACGAAGCGUUCAAGCUCCACGUGAACACCUCGGCCGGCGCUCUGACAAUUCCCAGCGAGCAGGGCAAGAUCCGACUGAACGGCCAUCAGUCCAAGAUCAUCGUGACCGAUUUCACCUUCGGCUCCAAGACCCUCCUGUACUCCACCGCAGAGGUGCUGACCUAUGCGAUCAUUGACGACAGCCCGACCCUUGUGCUCUGGGUCCCGACGGGAGAGUCUGGCGAGUUCGCCGUCAAGGGCACCAAGUCUGGCAAGGUCGAGAGCUGCAACGGCUGCUCUAGCGUCAAGUUCAACGGCAAGAAGGACCAUGUUGUUGUCGGAUUCACCCAGGGCAAGGGAAUGAGCAUCCUUCAGCUGGAUGACGAUGUCCGUGUCAUUGUUCUCGACAGGACCGCCGCUUAUAACUUCUGGGCUCCUACGUUGACUGCUGAUCCGUUCGCCCCAGAGGAUGAACUUGUCCUGGUCCAGGGCCCUUACCUCGUCCGUUCGGCCAGCGUCUCGGGAUCCACCCUGGCUGUCCGUGGCGACUCGACCGACAAGACCAGUUUGGAGGUGUUCGCUCCCAAGGGAGUCGACUCGAUCACCUGGAACGGCAAGCAGGUCAAGUCUUCCAAGACCUCGUACGGCAGCCUCAAGGCCACGCUCGCCGCGCCCCCGUCUAUCAAGCUUCCCUCCUUCGGCUCCUGGCGGUCGAAUGACAGCUUGCCGGAGCGACUGGCAUCGUACGAUGAUUCAGGAGCGGCGUGGGUUGAUGCCGACCAUGAAACUACGUUGAACCCGCAUCCCCCCGUUACUUCCCCGGUCCUGUACGCCAACGAAUACGGCUUCCACAACGGUGUCCGCCUCUGGCGCGGCUACUUCAACGGAACCGCAUCCGGUGUCUUCCUCAACGUCCAAGGUGGCAAGGCAUUCGGCUGGUCUGCCUAUCUGAACGGCCACUUCCUCGGCUCCUACCUCGGCAACGCCACCAUCCCCCAGGCCAACAAAACCCUGACCUUCCCCAACAACACGCUCAACACCCGCCCCGACUCCCGCAACACCCUCCUCGUCAUCCACGACGACACCGGCCACGACCUGACCACCGGCGUCCUCAACCCGCGCGGCAUCAUCGAGGCCCGCCUCCUCGGCUCCUCCGCCAACUUCACCCACUGGCGCGUCGCCGGCGGCGCCGGCGGCGAAUCCAACCUCGACCCGGUCCGCGGCGUCUACAACGAAGACGGCCUCCACGCCGAGCGCGUGGGCUGGCACCUCCCGGGCUUCGACGACAGCGCGUGGCCCGUCUCGAAGAACGCCUCCUCCUCUUCCCUCUCCGCAUCCACCCUGUCCUUCUCCGGCGCCACCGUCCGCUUCUUCCGCACCACUGUCCCCCUCAACAUCCCCGACGGCCUGGACGUCUCCAUCUCUUUCGUCCUGGGCACCAAGGCCGGCUCCUCCAAGGCCUACCGCGCCCAGCUCUUCGUCAACGGCUACCAGUACGGCCGCUACCACCCGCACAUCGGAAACCAGGUCGUGUACCCCGUCCCCGCGGGUAUUCUGGACUACCGCGGCGAGAACACCAUCGGCGUGGCGAUCUGGGCGCAGAGCGAGGACGGCGCCGCCAUGACCGUUGACUGGAAGGUUAACUAUGUGGCGGAUAGUUCGUUGGAUGUGGCUAAUAUCGAUGAUAAGCGGUUGCGGCCGGGGUAUGAUGCUGAGAGAGAGAAGUUUGCUUGA